ACUCCCCCACCCUCCUUCCUCGCUCUUUCGCUCUGUAAUUUCACAGAUCCUUCCCAUUUCCCUCCUCGUAAUUACCCAUUUCUUCUUCUUCUUUGUCUCGUCUUAGAUCCCAAUUUCAGCUUUCCAUUUGGUACUUGCGCUUUUUAGUUUCUCCAGCUCCAUUAAUUGCUUCAGAAAGCCAUUAAGUUUUUUCUGUCUUUUACAUCUUUUUGCAGCCCGAAUCGGAAAUCUCAACGCCCACUUUGCAUUUUCUGCUGCGCUUCAAGUCUCAAAUGCUACACAUAAAAUUGACCAAAACCAGUCUCUGAGAUGAACUACCUAGAUAUAGCUUCUAGCUAGCUACCCCUUCUCCUCAUAAUCUCAUCAUUGCCUUACUGCUUUCAUUUUCUUCCACUGUUUACAUAAAAUUAAAAUGGAGAAUGCUGGAGAUGGGCAUCAGAAAAAUUUGAUCAUAACCGAGCUCACUCAAGGGAAGGAGCUGGCCGGGCAGCUGCAGGCGCUGCUCAACGCGCCUGCACCCGCUUCCCACGAAGCCCGGGAAGUCCUCAUCGGGAAAAUCCUCACCUCAUACGAAAAAGUGCUCGCCAUGCUCAAGUGGGGCGGCGGCGCAGGCCCCUCAGGAUCCGGAGAUCCCCUUGCCGUGGGAUUUCCGGUGGGAGUAGUGACCGAGUCGCCGCGUUCGCAAAGCGAAAGCCCCCGGAGCGAGGACUCCGACCGGGACCUGGAGCAGAAAGAUGGCUCAAGGAAGAGGAAGGGUUUACCGAGGUGGACGAAGCAAGUGCAGAUAAGCCCAGGGGUUGGGGUGGAGGGGCCUUUGGAAGAUGGGUAUGGUUGGAGGAAGUACGGGCAGAAGGAUAUUCUAGGAGCCAGAUAUCCUAGAGGCUACUACAGAUGCACUCAUAGACUCGUCCAAGGCUGUUUGGCCACAAAGCAAGUGCAAAGAUCCGACGACAAUCCCACCAUCUUCGAGAUCACCUACCGCGGACGGCACACCUGCACCCAAGCCUCCGCCCACGGAGCUCCGCCGCCGCCUGCCGAAACUCAAGAGCCGAUAGAAACCCAUGGUCACCUCCACCUCCACCACCACCACCAACCCAAUAUCCCUCCACAACAAAACUUUGAGCUAUUACCGCAAGAUAGACUCCUCAAUCUCCAAAACAACCUUAGAGUCAUAACCCAAAAUUUGGACAAUCCUCAUGAUCCCCACCAGCACACACCUUCCAUGUUUUCCUUUCCUUCGCCGUCCAGCAUGACGGGCGAGAGCAGCUUUUACUCGGCCGCCAUGCUCGAGAGCUCUCUGGUGGGCAACUUCUCGCCGUCCUUCGUGACCCCGGCAGCGACUGGUUCGAACUAUUUCGGGGCGGCGUCGGCGAGCAACUUGGGAGGAACCCAAAGGGCACAGGCAUUAGAAGGUCAUGAUCUGGCUGAGAUGGUUACAGCAGCUGCUACAACGGGUGGUAACUCUUCUCCUAUGGUAGGGGUGGAUCAGUACCCGCCAUUUGGGAUUGGUCAAAUGGAUCAGUUCGACCCGAACUUCACAUUCGACAAUCCGGGGUUCUUUCCUAAUUGAAUACGAACUACAAUAACAUGGACGAUGACAAUGAUGAAUCAAUGAUGACAAAGAAAAUGUGUGCUUAUGUGUAAGAUAAAUGUCUAUCAAAUUGGAUUGGCUCUUUUAUCCCAUUGGAUUGGUGAGAGUUUUCAUAUAUUUGCUAUGAUUUAGGAGGGUGAUUUUAUCCAUUUCUUACCUCUUUGUUCUUCUUUGUAGUUAAGGAGGAUUUAAGGUUUUUGCUUGUUGCUUUUUUAAUAAAUUUAUCUUUUUUUAUUAAAAAA